AUGUCUCUUUUGGUAUUAGAACACCCUAAGAUUCGCCUGCCUCGUGAACUGAGAACAAAGUACAUCAGAAGAGUGGGAGACAAGAUCAACCUGACUAUCCCAUUCCAGGGUAAACCGCGUCCUGUUGCCACCUGGUACAAAGAUGGUCAGCCCAUUGACCCCAAAGUGGUCAACGUCCGUAACUCCAAUGUGGACAGCAUCUUGUUCAUCCGCUCCGCAGAGAGAGAGCACUCUGGAAAAUAUGAGCUGGUUCUACAGAUUGAGAACAUGGAGGACAGGGCUACCAUCGAAAUAAGGAUUGUUGAGAAGCCUGGGCCCCCUGUGAACAUGAGGGUGGUCGAUGUCUGGGGCUUCAAUGCCGCACUGGAGUGGGAGUCCCCUAGAGAUGAUGGAAACUGCGAAAUUACUGGUUACACCAUCCAGAAGGCCGACAUGAAGACCAAGGAAUGGUUCACGGUUUACGAGCACAACAGACGUACACACUGCACAGCCACAGACCUGAUCAUGGGCAACGAAUACAUGUUCCGCGUGUACAGUGAGAACUUCUGUGGGCUGAGCGAGGAGCCACGCAUGUGCAAGAAUACAGCUGUCAUCGCUAAGACAGGUCUGGUUCAAAAACAACACUCCUACAGGGAGAAGGAAAUAACCUGUGUGCCCAAGUUUACCCAACCACUUGUAGACAGAUCCGUAGUGGCCGGUUACAGCACCGCCAUCAGCUGUGCCGUCAGAGGAUUUCCCAAGCCUAAGAUCACGUGGAUGAAGAACAGGAUGAUCAUUGGAGAGGAUCCCAAGUAUUUGAUGCAGAACAACCAAGGAGUGCUGACCCUUAACAUUCGCAAGCCCAGCACCUUUGAUGGGGGGAAGUACUCCUGCAUGGCUGUCAAUGAGUUGGGGAAGGAUGAAGUGGAGUGCACUCUGAAUGUCCGCAUUCCCACAGCCCCGAGCAAAGAGUAAAACAAGUGAGAAGCC